AUGGUCGGAUAUCAAAAUCCGUCUUCACCAAAUUUAAUCCCUUUAGAAAAUCUGCAUGCCGUGUCUUUAAAUAUCAGCUCAGCUUUAAGUCCUUUAAAUACCUUGAUAUCAGAUCUACCACCUUUCCCACAAUCGAUUGCCCCGGCUGUUGUCAAUAACGGACAAACACCUAUGCUAUCACUAGCAAAACCCUAUCGUAAAGCAUGUAACGAAGUUUUUGUACCACUCACGAUGACGAUACGGACUACAGCAACUGUCCCUCAAUCAAGACAGUUGUGUAUUCAUUUCAGUCGUCUCCAGCGCCUCUUAUUCGAUGUAGAGGUAAAAAAACGUGUCCAAAAUGAUGAUUGGAAAAACAUUAAUAGAAAGCGCUUAGCAAAUGGUGGAAAAGAAUACUCCUCCAAAAAGGACCUUCUUGUACCAGAAAAAACUAUGGGUAGGACUUGUGCGGAUAAAAAUAAACGAUAG